CCGCCUUUGUCUCCCCAGUGGCGAUGUUUACACACCGCACCAGGUACUCGUUUAAGGCUGAGUCGACCUAAGGGAGGCCCAGGACCGGUUCAGAUAAUCGUCACUGGUGUUAGCCGUGAGUGGGAAUCGAACCCGGGUCGCCAGGUUCAUAGCGCAACGCGUUAACCGCUACACUACCGCUCCCCACCACGUACACACACACGUGUACACACACGCACGCGUGUACACACACACAAACGUGUACACACACGCACACACACACACGCGUGUACACACACACGCGCGCGCGUAUUGAUGAGCGCGUGUGAGCUGUGACGGGCUGCAUCGUAAGGCACAGAUCCCAGACGUAGACACCCCCCGCACACAUUCAUGGCUCGCUCCACACACGCCUAACGCACACCGUCAACACACACACGUGUACACACACACACACACACGUGUACACACACACAUGUACACACACACGUGUACACACACACGUCUGCACAAUCACACAAGUCUGCACGCACCAAGCGCUCAUCCAAGAUCCCAUCGGCUCCACCUCUUUGUGCGCGCUCCGGCUACGAUCAGGACGUGCCGCCCGGACACUCGUCACGUGCGAGAUGACGCGCCACUGCGUCGUGGGGCUGCUCUGGGCGCUGAUCUCCGCCGGUUCCUGCCUGGGAGCGGACCAGCCCUCGUGUCCGACGUUUCGCAGGGUGACCAACCAGGGCGCAGCGGGGGCCGUUGAAGUGCUUGCCAGGCCGGUGCCAGGCCAUCACUUGUCGGUGUGCCGCCCGCGUGCCCUCUCCUGCUGCUCGCGCUCCGUGGAGGCCCAGCUGGGCCCGGCCGCCCGGCUGGACCUGCAGCGCCUCGUGGAGGAGAGCAGCCACUUCCCGCUGGCCGCGUUCCAGUUGCAGUACAGCAAGAUGGACGACUACAUGGGCGACUUGCUGCGGCGUGCCGAGGCCUCGCUGCACGACAUGUUCGUGCGCUCCUACGGCGUCAUCUACACCCAGAACGCGGACCUCUUCCUGUGGCUCUUCUCCCAGCUGCGGCUGUACGCCGGCGUGAGCGCCCCUCCCCCACCCGCCCCCCCACCACCGCCCCCCCACCGCCGGCCCCCCGGCGGGCCCCCCCCCGAGUCCCGGCGGUCUCGGCGCGGAUCGGACGCCGACGCCGGCACCGGCGGUCGUGGGCAGAGGGACGCGGUGCCGCUCGCCGACCGGGGAGGGAGAUCUCCCGGGGCGGGGGGGCGACGCGGGGAGGAGGGGUCGCGGCGGGCGGACGACGGUGGACGGCCGGAGCCGGACGGGAGGACGAGGAGGAGGGAGAGGAGGGAGGCCCCCAACAUCCACCCACGUGGGUCGGAGGCGGAGAGGACGCUGGGAGAGGGGAGAGCUGACGAGGCGUCGAGCGGCGCGAGGGCGACGGUCGCCCUGCAGCCGUCGCCAUGGGAGCCGUCGUCACGUGAGACGUUGUCACGUGAGCCGUCGCCACAGGAGCCGUCGCCACGGGAGCCGUCGUCAUGUGAGCCGUCUGCACGGGAGAUGUUGUCACGGGAUCCGUCGCCACGUGAGCCGUCGUCACGGGAGAUGUUGUCACGGGAUCCGUCGCCACGUGAGCCGUUGUUACGUGAGCCGUCGUCACGGGAGACGUCGCCACCUGAGCCAUCGCCACGUGAGCCGUCGUCACGUGACCCGUCGUCACGUGAGCCGUCGUCACGUGAGCCGUCGCCACGGCAACCGUCGUCACGCGGUGCGGUCCAGGAUGCACGCAUCCAAGCACCGAUUUUCAUCUCCUUAUCAUCAUCACCAUCACCACCGUCAGCAUCUUCGUCAUCAUUUUCUUCAACCGCAUCAUUAUCAUCAUCAUCACCACCACCACCUUCAUCAUCAUCAUUAUCAUCAUCUUCAUCAUCCUCACCACCACCACCACCAUUAUCAUUCGUAUCACUAUCAUCAUCAUCCUCACCACCACCAUCAUCAUCAUCUUCAUCAACCUCACCAUUACCACCACCACCACCAUCAUCAUCAUCUUCACCAUCCUCAUCCUCCCCAUUACCACCAUCAUUCUUAUCACUAUCAUCAUCAUCCUCACCAUUACCACCACCACCAUCAUUCUUAUCACUAUCAUCAUCAUCCUCACCAUUACCACCACCACCAUCAUUCUUAUCACCACCACCACCAUCUUCACCAUCCUCACCCUCACCGUUACCACCACCACCACCAUCCUCAUCAUCGUCCCACUCGUUGACCCCAUCGUCGCUCUUAUCGUCGUCGUCCCGCGCCACCGCGGCCGUCGACCUGGCCGAGGUGAUGUCGGAGUUCUGGUCGCAGCUACUCGAGCGAAUGCUGCAGCUCCUCAACCCCCAGUACCGCUUCUCGGACGGUGACCUCGAGUGCGCCGUCAAGCUCGCCGAGAGCCUGCGCCCCUUCGGCGCCGCUCCCCGCAAGCUGCUGGCGCAGCUGGGCCGGGCGGCGCUGGCCACACGCUCGCUCACGCGAGGCCUGCGGCUCGCGGCCGGAGUCGCCAACGCCACGCGCACGGCUCCCCUGUCGGCCGAGUGCGUGCGCUCCCUGGUGCGCAUGUGGUACUGCCCGUACUGCGGCGGCGCCACCGCCGCGGCGCUGCCGCCCUGCCACGCGUACUGCCUGAACGUGCUCAAGGGCUGCCUGGCGCACACCGCAGACAUGGACGCAGCCUGGAACAGCUUCAUCGACGCGAUGCUGCAGCUGACAGAGCGACUGGAGGGUCCCUUCAACGUGGAGACGGUCCUCGCUCCGAUCGACGUGAGGAUCUCGGACGCGAUCAUGCACCUCCAGGAAAACAGCGUCCAGGUGUCCACGCAGAUCUUCGCGGAGUGCGGCAUCCCCAACCCCGGCAGGGCGCACCAGGCCGGCAGGGGCGCGGCGCCGUCCGGCUACGGCGGCAGGGGGAGGGUCGGCACGAGUCGCCCGCCGGCUCCCACCGCCUCGCCCAGCACCACCAUCGUCCACCUGGUGCGGGAGGCGAGGGACACCCUGCGCAGGAUGAAGUCGUUCUGGGCCUCGCUGCCGUUCAGCGUGUGCAGCGCCGAGGGCGUCGCCGCGGACAUCUCCAGCGAGGAGCGCUGCUGGAACGGGGAGGGGGAGGGCAGGUAUCUGCGCGACGUGGUGGGCGAUGGCUUGGCCCAGCAGAGGGACAACCCGGAGGUGAAGGUGGACGUCACCCGGCCCGACCUGCAGUCCCGCCGGCAGAUCAUGGCGCUGCGCGUCAUGACCAGCCAGCUCCACGGAGCCUUCCACGGCCACGACACACACUUCGCCGACAGCAGCGACGAGUGGGGCUCUGGCAGCGGGGACUGCGGUGGCGAGGACGCGUCGUGCCCGAGGCCGGCGGAGCCGCCCCCCCGCACGUCGCUGACACCGUCCUCCGGGGGACGAGCGCACGACGGGAGUCCAUCACGGGCCCCUCCUCCCGCGUCCUCGUCCCGUUCCGCUCUUGGACUCCUCUCAGCCGCGCUCGCCGCGAUGCUCCGGCGAUUGCAAUAGGGAUGGGGGUCGAGCGAGCGAGCGAGUAUGUACGUGUGUGUGUGUAAGGGGGCACAGGUGGUGCAUCAGCCAGUCAUCUCGGUCAUCUCAGUCAGUCGACCCGUGGCACCUGCUGGGUCUGCCCCGUGACCUCCUGCCAGCGGGCGUUCGACACUUCACGUGUGUGUGUGUACACAGUGUGUGUGUUAGGGGGCACAGGUGGUGCAUCAGCCAGUCAUCUCGGUCAUCUCAGUCAGUCAGACUGGUGCCAGCGGUGUCAAGAUCGGCCUCUGUGGAGGAGGCUCGUGAAGGACGCUACUGGGCAGUUGGAGGCAGUCGCCCUCCAACAACAACGGAGGGCGGAGGAGCGACGUUCACAACAACGAGCGGAGCGCCGGGUGGCUAAAGCACAGCAAGUUGGUACAGUAGGGGGCACAGGUGGUGCAUCAGCCAGUCAUCUCGGUCAUCUCAGUCAGUCAGACUGGUACCAGUGGUGUCAAGAUCGGCCUCUGUAGAGGAGGCUCGUGAAGGACGCUGCUACUGGGCAGUUGGAGGCAGUCGCCCUCCAACAACAGCGGAGGGCGGAGGAGCGACGCUCACAACAACGAGCAGAGCGCCGGGUGGAUAAAGCAUAGCAAGUUGGCACAGUAGGGGGCACAGGUGGGCAUCAGCCAGUCAUCUCGGUCAUCUCAGUCAACCCAUGGCACCUGCUGGGUCUGCCCCGUGACCUCCUGCCAGCGGGCGUUCGACACUUCACGUGGCCUCAACGUGCACCCAGCCUGGCACGUGCGUCGUGGUGAUGUCACCGUCACUUAGUGGCGAAUGGCAGUUGUUGUUGUUGUUGGGGAGCGGUGGUUUAGUGGUUAGCGCUACACUGCGCUACGUACCUGGUGACCCGGCUUCGAUUCCCGCUCACCAAUGACGAUUUUCUGGAAUGGUCCUGGGCCCCCCCCAGGUCGACUCAGCCUCAAAUGAGUACCUGGUGCGGUGUGUAAACAUCGUUACUGGGGAGACAAAGGCGGCCGGGCGUGGUGUUGACCACCCACCCCCUCGUGUACCGUUCCGGGCCUUGAUAAGUUCUCACUAACAGCACUUGCCUCUACAGUCUAUUAAGGCUACACGGGUGGGAUAUUUGUCUUUGUGUAAGCAGGUGCGCGUGCAGGCGUAACGACUCUCGGACACGCGGACUGUCGAGGGUUUCUUUAUUUUGAUCGGUCGCUUCACAUCGAUGGCUCUCAGACAGCGACGACGCGAAGACAGCGCCCCCGGACCGCGAUGACCCCGACUUCCACAGCAGCCCCGAACCUCGCUCCUCGCUCCCUUUAAAAUCCUUUAUAUUAAGUUCACUUGCUUGCUUGCUUGCGCGCUUACGACCGUGCAAAUCUUUCGGUCGUUUUUUAACCCACUUCCCGUGAUCCAAUCAAGCUAACAUUUUGCACACAGACUCGUUGUGCGUGACAAUUUAUUUUCGUGAAAAAUUUUUUCAAAAAUUUUCCACUUUUUAGGAAAAAGAAAAGAUAUUUAACUACCAAAUGCUUAAUGGUGGCAGGCAAUCAUCUGACCCAUAGGUGGCAGCCAUCUCAAGCCAGAGGACGAGAGAACUCUAGCCGCCACGCAUAUAAAGGAUUUAUAGUGAAAAACUUUGUUUUUACGGGUUAAUUUUUUAUCCCCGGCGUGGCCAUCGCUCCGCCUCAUGGCCACGACCCCUUACUUCUCCAACUCUCUGGCGAGUUCCCGAACCCUUCCUGGAGAUUCCAGAUCGUUCCCUUCUCUGUCACCUCGCCUGUAAUUACCACUUGCGGCCGCUCGCCUUCUAUAUUGUCUUCACACCUGUAAUUACCACUCGUGGCCGCUAGUCCACGCACUGUCUUUACACAGGCAUUCAUUUCUCACUUCUAGACGUGAGUCGGCACGUGACCAGUGAUUGCCUCUGCCAC